AUGGCCGCGAGCAACUACUACGGUUACACUUCGGGAGGCCAGCACUCUCAAGGUUUUACUCAAGCUCAAAAUCCGUCGAUACAAACCAGUUACGGAACACCUCAGGCAACUACAGGAUACGGAGUUCAAGCCUCUACACCUGCUGGGGCUCAUUAUGUUCCGCAACAAACUCAGGCACCGAGGCAAGUUGUACAAGCUCCCUAUUCAGCCGGCACAACAGCUUACGCUCAACAAGGAUCUUCGGCUCAAGCAGGCGCUUAUGGCUACACAGCGAGACAGCAAGACGCUCCACCGCCGCCUCCACCAGCAAAUGCCUCUUAUCAAGCGGCUCACGCCGCUUAUCAAACGCACCACGGCUCUGCUCAGUACUACGAUAGAGAAGCUUAUGAAACGAAGGCGUCUUAUUAUUCACAACAACCUGCUUCGAAUGUUCAAGGUGGCCAGGGUGCUUACUAUGGUCAAAACGCCUCGGCAGCAGCUAAAGCGGCCUAUCCGACAUCAGGAACAAGUGUUUACCCAACAUCUGUAAGCGCCACUCCAGUCAUUUCGAAAACGCAUCCGUCACAAUCGUAUUCUUCGCAAUCCUCGACCGUCGCCUACCCGUAUUCCAGCGCUCGUGCGCAGACAUCAGCUUACGAGCAAACAAGCUCGUACAACACGUCAAAUUAUGGUGGCUCUUCGGCUGGAAAUACGGGUGGUUAUCAGCCGCAAGCUUACGAAGCUGCUGUUUACAAUGCCGCUGCAGCCUUUGUUCAACAACAGCAUCAUCAACAUCAACCUCCGAGACAAGGCUGGAAAAACAAGAUAGGUGUAGGGCAACAGAAGCAACCAACAGGAAUGAUGAAGCCUAAACAGCCGCCUAAACAGCCUCAACUUCAUUACUGUGAAGUUUGCAAGAUAAGCUGCGCUGGACCUCAGGUAAACUUAUCUUUUCCAUUCAAUAAAUUCUAAACCUUGAACGGAACAUCUGUUCAUGAGUCUGCUAGUCCUAAAAUAGCUUGUAUCACCGGUCGUUUCGAUACAAAGUUAUUUAGGUACAAGUCGUUUCGCUACAUGACGAUUUAGAAAUGGUAUAACUAGUUUUGUGUACAGUAGUUGACUUUCACGAACGAGGACUAUUCACGCCAUAUGUUUUUGUGGUCCAAACGACACUAUACUUGUAGACUGCGAGUAGUGUCUUAUUUUCUUUUGAGUCACGGAGAUCAAGAGCGUGCGUGCAGGGCGAGUGGCGAAACCGCGAGGAACGAUGGCGGAAGCGUGAGCGAAGAAAAAAGAGACUGCGAUAGGAUCUUUGAUCUGGCGAUUUGCUGCUUUUCACGCCUUUGUUGUUACUGACAGCUCCUUCAUUUUUUGACAAUAGCCCAUGUUCAAUAUAUUAAAAUUCUAACAUGACUCCGAGGCUUUCUGGUCAUUUUUCUAUAUAUUAUUUGGUUUGGUGUUAUUUGUGCUCAGAUUUCUUCUGGGAAUUGCCAGACAAUGGAGGCUUAAAAAAUUUGCAGUUUUGACCCAAAAGCCUCAGAGUCAACUUAGAAUUUUAAUAUAUUGAACGUGGGCUAUUGACACCAUUUCGCGUGCUUUUUCCUGCAAACAAACAGCUUGUCUUCGAUUGUCUGUUCAUUGCUGUUUGGUUGGGGAUAUUAGUUCUCCAGUUAUCUUUGAAGGAUUGCAGAAAUAGUAGCGUAAUAAAUUCUGAAAAUCGUGGGAAAAAAAGAGGGUUUCUCAAAGCAGGUGAGAAAGGAAGCGAAAGGAUGAAGAAGCCUCGCAAUAUUAUAGGCCAGGCAAACAGUUUGCCAUUGACCUUUCAUUGUCUAGUGCUGAAAUUUCUAUAGUGGGAAAAGAGGAUAUAUUUCGACCGAGAAUACAUUUUCAGGUUCCACAAAAGCAAGGACUAAUAAAACCGUUAACCUCUACAGUCAUCCUUUUUCCUCUCUCCGCCCCAAACCUUUUUACGAUUAGUUUGCACCAUUUCACUUUUUCACUCCCUGCAUGUGGCAAUAUGUACAACAUAAUUAUUUUAUUGUUUACUCCCCAAGGGGCUUUUCAGGAACAAUCAUUUUUUAGAAGCUUUACAUUUAACUAAUUACAACACUCAACUUAGUACAAAUUAAAAGGCUUAACUAAUAAUUACUUAUUACAAUACUUUUUAAACUAAGAAGCAUUUACAAAAUUAUCUAAAAGCUGGUUCCUUAAGAGAUGUUUAAAAAUGUGAGCAGAUUGGCUUAAUUGGAGAGAAGGUUUUAAAUUGUUGCUAAGCUUAAUAAUAGUCCUGCAAUAAAAAGUUCUCUGUCUGGAGGCUGUUCUGAAAAUAGGGAUGUUUAGCUUUUGGCUACUCCAAGUUGUUCGUUUGUUAACUUGCUCACGGGUAAUAAAUUGGGAAGUAAGAUAUUCAGAGGCUUGACCGGUCAUGCAUUUGAAGGCCAUAAUAGCUUGGUAGUAUAGUCCUUAUCAGGCAACUAAGACAGGCUUUUUAAGAGGGGUGUUACAUGAUCAUAUUUUUUUGUACUGCUGGCGAUUGGGCAAGCAAAGUUUUGGACAGUCUACAAUUUUGUUACAUUCUAAUUUGUGAUGUUUGCCCAAACAUUGGAGCAGUAUUACAUUUUGCUGAAAACUAAGGCAUGUAUUACCGUUAACAACGUGUUUUUGUCUAAGAAAUGUUUCACACGGUUAAUUUGCGCUAGGCAUGCAAUACGUUUCCGACACUUUGGUCGUUAUAUGGAUAUCAAAUGUUAAGUUCAGAUCCAAAAUUAUGCCGAGAUCUUUCACUGAUUGCACUGGGGAAAUGUGCUUUCCCAACAAAAACAAAUGAAAUUUAUGGAGCUUCAAGGUCACCUGUUAAUUUUGUCUUGUCUGGAUUCAGUAAUAGCUGAUUUCCAAAGCAGCAGUUGUGCACCUGCAGGAGUUAUUCAUUUAUUUCUUGGACGAUCCGUUGGGAGUUGUUUAAAUGGAAAGAAACAAAAUAAUAUUCUUGUAUCGUCUUCAUAACAUUCUGUAGAGUAAUGUAGUGGAACUUCUGGCAGAUCAUUUACGUAGAUGCUAAAUAAUAUGGGGUCUAGAAUACUACCUUCAGUUACACCACAUUCAGCUGGCAGAGGAUCAGAAACAGCACCAUGAAUUUGUACAACUUGAUAUCUAUUUGUGAGGUAGCUGUUAAAAAACCAUUUUCGUGUGCUGGUCAAGGCACCAAUGCUUUGUAUUUUUACGUAAUAAUAUUUGGUGGUCAAUGCUGUCGAAGGCUUUACUCAUAUCUAAAAGUAUGCAGGCAGUUCAUUUCUCAUCAUCAAUUCCUUUGAGAAAUGCAUCAGUUGUAUGAAUUAAAGAUGUUUCAGUAGAGAACCAUUUCUUGUUGCCACUUUGUUUUGCGGUGAACCUUUCCUUGGCUGUCAAAUAGGUGACACACUGAUUAUAAGCUACUCUCUCACAAACCUUUGAUCAUGCAGGUAACAGGGAAAUUGGUCUUAUAUUGUUAGGAAGUUCAUGGUUGCUUUGUUUGGGAAUACAAUAUACUAGGUGAAUUAAAAAGAGAGAGAGGAGCAUUGAUGAUUGACAUAAUAAAAGGGAUUAUGAUCAGCAGGCUUCCUUAAGGAGAGAAGGACAACUGCUCACAGUCUACUCUACUUACAGUGUUUGAAAAUUGUUGUGCAGUUUCUUUACUUGAGUUUGUAUCGAAAUGACUGGUUUUCAAAAUAGCUUGUUGUAUUGCAUGUGCUGAACAUGGGUUAAUCUUUUUAGCUUGCUUUACUUAACAAAUAAAAAAGCCUUGACUCUGCUCUGUUCUGUUGUAAAGCACACAGGAAGCGGCUAGAGCACAAAAGGAGUGUAGGGGGAAACUGAACUUGUAAAUUGCACCGGUAAAAGUGUACAUGGCUUCAAAUGUGGUCCCCAUAGCAUUGAUGCUUUUUUGUUUUGUCAUUACUUCUUAAUAAUGUCACAAGUCACCCUUGGCUUGCAAGUGCUAGGGAGUUUGCUUUAGAAGUCUGUGAGUUUUGAGUUUUCUUAGACAUAAAAAGGCAACCAAAAAGUCAUAUGUGUGUGCACUAAGUUGGAUGCAUAUAUAUACAGUUUAUAAUUUUGUCCAGUUGGUUUAUAUCUGAUAAACGCAAUAAUAUAUUGACUUUUGAAAUCUUUAUAUUUAGACUUACAGGGAACACUUGGAAGGACAGAAACACAAAAAGAAAGAACAGGCAGCAAAGCAGAAAGAGAAAGAAUCGCUUCCAUCAAAUGCUUAUCGCUGUGAACUGUGUGAUGUAACUUGCACGGGAACUGAUGCAUAUGCUGCCCAUCUCAAGGGAUCAAAACAUCAAAAGGUAUGGAUGAUAAUUCGUAUCCAGGAAAAAAUGUGUUUUACCGGGCUUGACAAAGAAAUAAAAUCUGGAAAGAAGGUCAGGGAGUUUUUCUAAAAGCCGCUUGAAAAACGUGCUUAGUAAAUCAGGUAGUCAAAUUCAGGAGCCCUUAACUCGAAGCAAGCAACUUUCAUGCUUUGUUGGGGAAAUGGUGUUCUUUAAAGUACAGUUGUAUCUACAAACAAACUGGUCCGCAAUGAUAAAAUGUUGUGACAAAGGCCUAGUACGGCAGUUACUUGCUACGGGUUAUGGGCCCCUGGUGAAUUCUAUUAUUUGUCUUAGACAGAACAUUUUACAGCGGACUCACAAGAACUGUUAUUCUGUCAUCUUGAAAGUUGAGCUAUAUGUUCUCAGUAUGUCUUGGAAAGCUUGGUGAUCAAGAAGUAUUAUUCAGCUGUGCAAAUGUAAAGAUGGAAGCUGAUAUAAUGACCUUCUUUAUUGCAAAUACCUCAGUGUAAUAAUCAGUGGUCUUCACCCCAUUUUCAGUGAAGUACAGUGAAAAAGGACUUCAAUGUACCUCUAUUAAAAUGAACACAUUUUCCCAGUCUCCAGGUUCCUUGUUCUACAGUACCGUUCAAAAGUAAGUUGGCCCUCGAUUCUCGAUCCUCGCGAGAAUCGAGUUGAGAAUCGAGUUGAGAAUCGAGACUCGAUUCUCGAUUCCUGCGAGACUCAUCAAGCUGGAACGGUCUUUGUUUAUAAUCAAUUGAAAGGGUGUUGUUUCGAGUAAUUUGCUCAUCUCUACAUGUACUCUCGAUAAUCGGUUGCUGCAAGAAUCUACCACCUUUGUUCAAGUUUUGAGCAUCUUCUAGUUUCUCUCAAUUGAAAAAAAAAAUCUUUUCUUUCCAUAAAAUAACAAACUCUACUCAGCGUCUGAUUUGCGGAGAAAUUCCUAAACUAUGCAAAUUAUACAGUAGCAAUUGACAUUUGCAUUCUUUCGCACAGCUCGGGUGACGCUUUGCAUCAAAAUCUUAAAAAUAUUCGAACGAUAUUUUGCAUCAUUUAAAUAGCAGAAAUUUUCGUUAAUAGUAAAUGGGAAUGUUGAACUUGAAAAGCAAUUCAUGCACUUUUAUCUGUAAAAUCCAAAAUACAUGUAAAAGGCAGCUUUUGUAAAUAAAUGACAAAUACACGACGGUGUGUAAACAAAGUCUUGCGGCGCUUCUCGUUGCUUUCGAAUUUUACUUGCCAAUAUUUCUUCAAGCCAAGCGGCUGGAUAAGCACAGAAUCAUUUGACGUUACAAAAUAAACAUGCUGUUGCUUGUACACAAGAACUGUUUGUUUGCAUAUGGAGCAGGCAUUUGAAACUUUAUUGAGGAAAUGAAGCUUGAUACAGAUUUCUUUGAAGAAACAUUUGUUUUAUAACUAAAAUUAGUCUUGUUUUGAGCAUACAGUCGCUUGCGCGAAUCGCGGAUAUACAAGUAACCAUGCCGUGGUGUGUUACAGCUUAUGUCUUUGUAAAAUUAUCGAGAAAUCAAUCAUGGGUGAAUCUUUUGUUUUCUGUCCUGCGAGACUUGAUCCUUGACUCGAUUCCCAAUAGCUUGUUCUCGAGUCUUGAUUCCCAAUUCACGCAGGAAUGGAGAAUCGUAAAUCGAGUCGAGACUUGCAACAGACUGUCAACUUACUUUUGAAUGGUACUGUAUGCAGGUUCAACUAUAUUUAACCUGUAAAAUUUGACAUGAUAGCCUUCCAUGGUUGUUGUGGUGAAACUACAGGAAAAUUAGAUUCAGGAGUUUUGCGUGCUCAAUUUCUACCAUAAAUAGAUACCCCAGCCCCGUGCUCCUGGUACAUUUUUUUUGCGUUUACAUACGGUGUCUUUAGUCUAUCUGACUGUGAAAGGAACAUUUUUCUUUUGAAGUGUUUCUCUUUCUUGCUAAACUUUCUUCAGUUUGCAUUAUUUUUCUUUUCUUAUACUGAUACUGUUACUCUCUUAAUUUAAAUCUAAAUUGUAGAGAAAUCUGAUUACUAAAGUGGCUACAAAACCAGAAUUUUUAUUCAUCAAGGAGAAAAUGUUAGUUGCAUUGGCAACUGUAUUAGUCGCUAUUUCAAGCCCUGCUUUUAUAACGACAACCAAUGUUUCAUUAUGAUUGAUUUAUCAUGCAUGUAGGUGAUAAAACUUCAUCAGAAGCUUGGAAAGCCAAUCCCAGAACCUGCACCCCUGAAACCACCAGAACCUAAAGAUAGCUCCAAAGAAAAUGGGGACAAAAAAGCUGGUCCUGGUAACAAAGGCCCACAGCGAAAACCACCACCCAAGAAGAUGGCAGCCCCAAAAAUCACCUUCGUAGGUGGCACAAAACUAACUUCUACUGGACUGGUCAAGACUGAUGCCUCUCCUGGAGCUGCCUCUGGUGGUUCAAAUUCUGGUUCAGCUGCAGGCAAUGAUGUGGAAAUGGAUGAAGGUUAGUGUAGGAUACAUGUAUGGUUUUCAAAGUUGAAAAAUCUUUCUGACACACUUGUUAGGAAAUUUCUGUGUGCAAUCGAAUGGUGGUGAGUGAAAUUAGAGAAUUAUUUCACAUGGGUUUUGUCCAAGUCCUAUCACUUUCUGGAGCCUUUAUUACCCAUUAAUAUUAUAGGUGACAAAUUAUGCUCUCAAUCUGCUCACAAUUAUUAUUUUUUGCUUGUUAUCAUAUCAAGAACCCCACGUGCUAAAAAGUUUAGAGCAUAAAAUUUUUGCUCCAUUCACGAGUUUUGUAAUUUUUUGACAGAAUACCAGUUUGAAACCUUCUUGAUGUGCUCCUUCGUCUGUUUACAUUUUCUAAAGCAACUUUUAAUAGCCUGAUAUCUUCUGGUAAACAUUUUAAAACUUCCACACCAUCUUGGCACAGAGACGUAUGGAACAUUGCCAUGGCAAUUUGGUAAUUUCAUAUGUGGUAUUAUAAAUAACACUGAAAUUUCGCACCAAAGUUAAGGAGUAAUUUGUCAGCCAUGAUAUUACUUAUAUAAGUAGUUGAAGUUAUUUUAGCUCCUCAAGCUUUGACAGCAAGAGCAAAUUAAAAUAGUCUUGUUAUUGAGAGAAAUAUUUUUCCACUUUAUAUGGAACAUGUGCAGUGUACUCUAAACACCAAGUCCUUUUGUAAAAAUAGUGACAUUCUUAUUAUUUUGUAGAGAAAUUUGACUUGGCAAAUUACACUGGUGUGGACAAGAGCAAGAUUGUUGGUAUGUAUCUCUGAACCUGCCAGUGGUGACAAAUCAAGUAAGCACAAGGUUAAGCAAGAUAUUUGGUAUGGAAUUAUAAUCACUGACUUGCUUUGUGCUGCAGUGGUAAAGUUAAUUGACAUUAAUGUUGUGCAUAAGGAAAGAUAAGAGUUUUCAUUCCUGUUUAACCCAUAGAGAUGGCAAAGGUAAAAGAUGAAUUGGUAUAGAAAAAUAAAAUAUUACAGCAGAAGCCCUCGUAAACAAACACCUUCGAGACAUGAAUGACAAUCAAAAACAAAUAAUCAAAGCAGAAAGAGUUUUGUGUGGCUAUUUUCCUUUGUUUUGUCCUCAUUUUUGUAAAAAAACAGACUAAAUUUAGGGUUUGCAUUAUACAUGGGUAAAUACUUUAUAAUGGCAAAGGUACAAGAAAAUCUCUUAUUCUAAAAUAUUUGUGACUUGGCAUUUACAGUUUGCCAUUUUGAAGUUAUUCUGAUACUAAAUUUCACAGUGGUUUGCAUGGGAUUAUGUGGUUUACUGAUAAAAUGUUUAGAAGUAAGGCAUAUUUAGUGCUAAGGAGAUUUUCUUUCAGAACACUGGCUCCUAUUUUGGUCAUCAGGCUUUUGGCACCUGCUGGUGUCAAAAUGUUUGUGCUACUUUGUGAUGAUUUCUCAUCUGCCUUGCUCUUACUGUAGGGUCUGAAUAUUUGGAAGAGAUCAAAAAUGAGGAAGGAAAGAUUGUUAGCUUCCACUGCAAAUUGUGUGAGUGUAAGUUUAAUGAUCCUAAUGCAAGAGAAGCACAUUUAGCUGGACGUCGUCAUCGUUUGUCUUACAAGGUUAGUCAAUCAGCAAGAAUGAACACUGUUAAGAGCAUUUUGCUCCCAUAUGCACUGUAUGUACUGUGUGUUUGCAGUAAGUGUUGUUUAUGUGGAUUGACUCUGUCUUGUGAACUGUCUUUUACUGUUCAUAUCAAUUCUUACUGACUGGUCAUUUUCAUGGGCUCUUGUAUUGGCAAAGUUUUGAUGUGCGUUUUAUUCUUUCAUACAUAGUUGUAAGUUGCGUAAAUGUUGCAUUUCGUUCAAUUGAAUUGAUCAAGUAAAAAGAUGUAGUUAACUACAUGGGUUAACUUUUUUUGUGUUUAUUUUUGUUAUGACUGAACUGAAAAAUUAUGUUGUUCCCACAUCAUACUGAUGCUGAUAAUGUGUUUUGUAGAAAAAAGUUCAGCCUGAUCUGGUUGUUGAUUCCAAACCAAGUGGCCGAGGCCGCCUGAGCAAAGGACAAGAAGACAAGUUACGGCGACAGUGGGAACAGGAACAGUACUGGCAAUGGAAAAAGUAAAGUAUAUGUGUGUUGUUGAUGGUCACUGCUGAUAAGUGUUAAAAAAAGGGUGUCUCUUGUCUUUGUAGCCGUUAACAUCUGCAGCUCCUCAUUUCCAACUGUUUAAUUUUUCAUUAGGGGAAGACAGGAGGAAGAGUUGCGUCGUUGGGAAGAAGAGGAAUAUUACAGGAGAAUAGCAGAAGAGGAGAGAUUUUGGGAAGAGGAGAAUCGUCGGCGUUUUGAGGCUGAGUUCUUCGAAGGGUGGGGUCCUGCUCGGAUGGGACCACCAAGGGGACCCCCUGGCCUGUUGGGGCCACGCCCACUCAUGGAGGGUGUUGGUGACAUGGGACCGGUAAAGUUUCUUCUUGAAUAUUAUCAAGGUUUACACUUUUCCUCAGCAGUAAACCUGAACUUGUUACUUGCUUGCACAAGUCCCCUUGAUGUAGCACCAGAUACAAUUAGCUCUUUGUUAGAUUCAGUUUGACCCCAAAAAGCCCAGGUGACACAACUGGCUCCAUUUUACAGCAGCUAGCAUAAUGCUUCAGGACUUUGGUUUGAGCGAGUAUGAGUGAUCUAAAUCUCACUUGCAUUAAUAUGAUAAAUUUUUUGAACCUUAAUGUCAGCAUGCAUAUUCUACAAACUGUCUAUACUUUUUCUUUUGUACUGAAGAGGAGAAUUUUUCUAACAAUUAAUACCUUUUUCACUUGUUUAUCAUUUCCUUUUUUCUCUUUGUUUGAUUGAGCUGUGUUGCUUAUAAGGAGUAGUUAAAGGUUAGGAAAAGAAAGGUGAAAUAAAGACUAGCAAAUAACUCAAUCUUAAAAAGCCUGUAGAGAACCAGUCCAGCAUGCAAAUGAUGCAGCCGUUUGGUCACAAUAAUGAAUGUGGAUUUAAAACUGGUGUAUGUUUACAGCCACAGGGUAUGUCACGCCCCAGAUACGAUACACCAGAUGACCGUCUCGUAAUGGCCAAGCACUCAAGUAUUUAUCCUAAUGAACAAGAACUCCAAGCUGUCCAGAAGAUUGUGUCAGCUUCGGAGAAGGCAUUAAAACUUGUGUCUGACCUGAUAGCAGAGCAGGAUCAAUCCACUCAACCAAAGAAAGAAGAGAAAGAAGAAGUCAAAGAGGAGGUGAAAGUGGAGGUUAAAGAGGGUGAAGAGGGCAGUGAGGACAAAAAAGAGGGUGGAGAAGAGAAAAAAGACCCCAGUAAAACUGCUUCACCACCGCGUAAGUUCUUGUAUCUAACUGACAGAAGGGGAAGCAAAAUUGUUCAUAAAGUACAGAUAAUACUUAAGGAACUAACCUUAAAACCUAAUCACUCUUCAGCUCCUCUCAAGAGACCCACUCCAAAUAAUUAUAUGCUUACAACAACUGUUGUUUUUUUUUUGGUAGGUGCUCUGAAAGGUGUAAUGAGAGUUGGAGUUCUUGCUAAGGGGUUACUACUUCAUGAACGUUUGGAUGUCGAUCUGGUUGUAUUGUGUCAUGGUGAGAGGACUGAUGAAGUUUUUUUGUUGAAAUUUAGGUUUACUAAUAUUAUUGUUGAGGUCAGAAAGGCCUGGCUCCGAGAUGGUACUUCACAUGAACAGAAAUGAUUUAAAAUUCAGGCUGACCCAAAUCAAUUUACUGUAGGCUGGGUAAAUUAAUUUAGUCGCCAAUCCUUAUUCCAACCUAACUAAAUUCAAAAAGGGAAAAAGGUUCAUUUCAGUCAAAUAUACUAUUAAAAUUUAUGCAUUUGGUUUGGCUCACGUGAAGUUCAGCAUCUGAAUCAACACUGGUCCUUAGCCGAUAGAACUAUACUUAUUUGCCCUAACUAUUUAUUUCAAUUAUUUUAGAUAAACCUACCAGGCAACUUGUGAAGAGAGUAGCAGACCUCUUGCCAGAACACAUUGCAGUAAGUUGUCACAAUGUUUGGCUUCUUGUUUGGGUGACUGUAAUGGGAUGCUCAAGAAAGAUCAUAUCUAAUAGCUAAGGUUUAAACUAAAGGUUACAUAAAAUUAUUUCUACUGCAGAAAGUGUCAGAAGAGAAGUAUGAAGUAAAAGUAGUCUAUGAGGAAGCUGCCCUUAAAGUCGUCACCACCAGUGACCCUAAAGUUGUUGUUACCAUCACACUGACCUCACCUGUCAUGCGGGAGGGUGAUGAUGCUGACCACGGUACAUGUUUUACAUCUAUUUUAAUUUCACAGGGUCCUAAUAAGUCCCUUCCCUGAUGUAACAUUGCCGACAUGUGUUUGUUUAAUACAUUGGAUUGGUAAAUUUCUCCUCUGAUGGUUAACGGUCUGCACUGAUUUUUGAAUGGAUAUGGCAAAAUUAAAUGACACAAAUGUGCUUGUUACAAGUUCUCUUAUUAAGGGCCCUGUGAUUUUUACUUUACAUUUAGUUUGAAAUGUUAUCAGUAACAUUCUACCACUGAGUUUGCUUUUGAGGAACAUACAAUCAAAUUGCCUUCAGCUGAAUGGAAGGGCAGUGGAUUUUAUUACAGUAUGUACAAAAAUCAGGGGCAUUUUGAUGACUACAAUUUUGGUUUUAACCUGGGUUAUUGGUGUAAGAAAAAUAAUGUUGUUCCUUGACCUGCCCCUACAAAAUUAUUAUUGGUUUGUGGAUGGACUUCAACAGAUGGUAGUGAUGCUUGUUUUAUCAACACAGAGGAUGACAAUCACUGAUUUAUUGUUCCUCCAAAGUCCAAAAACAUCUCAUAUUAUUCAUUAAUGUAAAUGAUAAUCAAUCUAUGCUAUUGAAAAGCAAUGCCUGUGCACAAAGCUUCUCAGCCUUGUGCUUGACUUGAUUUAUCAUUCUGAUGUUGUUGCAAAUCUGCAGAAUUAUCUGUGUAAUUUCUGUACACUCAGAUGACUGUCUUCCAUCCAUGCUACAGCGUGGGGGAAGGAGGUGCAAAGAUUCCUAGCUUUGUCUGUAUUUGUGUCUCUCUGCAUGAGUGUUUGUUGUUCUGUUUUGUUUGUGUUGAACUUGGUUAAUUGGGGGUUCAACUUAUUUGCUUUUUGUGGUUCAGGUUAUGCUUAUUAUUUUUGGGUUACAAGUAAAAGAAAUGCUCAAUUUUUUUUGUUGAAUUAAAUUUAGAUGAACACUACAUGUAGUUUCACAUUUUAAUAGCUAAGACAACUGUAGAGAACACCCUCAUGGCUUUAAAUCUGAGAAAUUUAGAUUCUGUGAAGUGGGAGAUCUGGAAGAACUUGAUAUAAUUUCUUUGCUGAUAGUUCUAUGAGGACGUGCCAAGAUUUUUUGUCUAAUUUAUUAAACAUCCUCGAAAUCUACAUCAUGAGGUACAAACACCUCUGUUUAAACAGAGCUGCUUAUUUUCUUGACUUAAAGGAUAUCAUUCAUUUUUUAUCUAAGUGAUUCAAUUUUGAAUGUCCUUACUUUGGAAUAAAAUUAACUUACUAAUAAAUCAAAGUUGAAAUUCUCCUCAGAGAAAGAAUAGUAUUGACAUUUAAAUGUUUGUUGUGUGUUUGUGGUGUAAAUGUCAUGUUUGAUCUUGCUGGGAUAUCUUUUCACCUUCUACUUAACCACCCGAUUCUCACCCGUAGCUGAAGACGAUCCUCAAGUGCUGGACAGGCCAAAAUGCUUAGCUGCAUUGGCAUCGCUACGACAUGCUAAAUGGUUCCAGGUUCGCUCCUUUGCUGUAAUAUAUUUUAAGAGGAAUUGUCACAUUCUCUCUUAUUAUGAUAACUAUCUUUGGAAGUACAUCUGAUGCCAUCCACUCCGUACAAGGGAGUUAAAAGUGGCACAGCAAGAGCUGUCCAAUUAGACAUCCCUUGCAGUUUACACCUCCCGAAAUACAAGCAAUUAUGCUCUUUGUGGGUGUGUGUGCUUAGUGAGGGUGCACAUUGCUCGAUAUUCAGAAUUUAUUAUCAAGAAAAUCAUCUCGCUUUCUGCACCAAAAGCAAAUGACUUCUUUUCUCAUUGAAUUGUUAUCGAAUUCAAUAGUACUAGGCUCAGAUUUGCUUCCAUAGUAAAGUUCUUUACAUGAGGUGCUUGUUGUGUUUCCUUGUGCUCUGUUAAAUAGUAUCAUUUGAAGUCCAAGCAAGGUAUGUAUGUAUGUUUGUGCAGUCAACUGACAUGUGACACUUCCUCUUUGGAAAACUGUGGUCUCAGAAUGCAAAUUUUGUUUCCUGGUUUUCACUGUUUUCCCUGUUAACAAAAUUUUUUUGUUUUCUUUUUUAUUUCUUUAUGUUUUUGUUUUUUGUAAAUUGGCAUUUCAUUAUUUGUGAAGUGCUAGUUUGCAUUUCAAUCUCUUUGAUAUACAUGUGUGUGUUAUUUGUAGUGAAACACAUAAACAUAUUCAGUGGUUUAUAUAAGUAAAUGUCCAUGUCUGUGUAUCAACUGUAUGUUUUAGCACCGCAAAAUUAAUAUUCUCUACAGAAAGAGAUUUCAGUUAACUUCUAUUACAGCUGUACCCUGGUUUGUUUACUGUCAAACUCUUAAAACCAUGAACACCUGAAUAUCGUGAAGAAUGAUGGUUGUUUGGUGACCAAUAACAGUUGAGAGCAAGCAAGGAAACAUCAAAACCACAAGCUAAUUACUAUAGGCCUUUCUCAAAAGUAACAUCAUACUCUUUUUUGUCCCUCCAAAAUUUUGCUGCAGUAUUGUUUUCUAUUUUUCUUGGGGUGAUUGUAAGUCCCAAGAGAAAUUGAUAACAAUGCUUAUGCAAAAUUUUGGAGGGACAGCAAAGAGUAUUAUAGUAUUUUUGAAAAAGGCCUGUUGUCAUUUCCCUUUUAGUUUUCUCUCCCCUGAGUGGCUUUUGCCUUUCAAAACAAUAAAAUUCCAGGAAUGCUUCUGAUGUUCGUGGUUUUAAUGGAGUUUCACAGUAAUACAUGCUAUAGCUUUCCCCUUUUGAACAGUAUUUAUUGCAACAUUUCUGUUGAUCCGUGUAAAAUUCAAAUUAGUUCAAAAUACAUGAACCUUUCCACUGUAUCCCCCGGUCUCAAGUUUAACUAUUGUCUUGAUGUCUCUCUUAGUCAGUUAAUCUUUUUUCAGUGAUAAGUAUAGUACAGUAAAGGCAACUCAAAAUGGCACCUUUUUAGCUGGUUGUUUUUAGCUGGUUGUUCACUAAGGUGGCUAGCUCACUAGUUAGAAUUAGUUAAUAGCUUUAUUACUUUGUCCUUGCCUUAGGACUCUUUUUAUUCCUGCUGACUUUGUUUGUUUUUCCAUAGGCAAAGGCCAAUGGCCUUCAGUCAUGUGUUGUCAUUAUACGCGUCAUGCGUGACCUGUGCCAGAGAAUUCCAGCAUUUUCUCCACUUAAUAAUUGGGUAAUAAAUGUUAAACCCAUAUUGCUGUACUUUUUGUGAAGAAAUGUCCCUUUUUGUAUUGUAUCACUAAAUGACAACUUAUUAAAGGAAUAGUCUUGACCUAAAGCAAAAUAUUGUUAAAUACGGGCUUGGAUGCACCUGAAAUUUGAAAAUUAACAAAAAAAUAGACAGUUGCAAACAGAUCUUCUCGCUGUAGGUUCUGAAUUUUAUUUCCCUUAGCUGGAGGCAUUUUCAGUGCUUCUAUUUGUCUUGUCAUAGUGAACUCAAAACCGGACUGUUGAAAGUAAUUUCAGGUUGGACGCUCAUUGAAACCAUCUGAAAAAUACAGUUGAACCUCCAUUAAGGGACCACCCUCGAUUAAGUGGCCAGUGUUUAAAGUCCAGAAAUAAUUCUGUACUUAGAAUGAGAACUUGGACCUCUAUAAAGCGUCCACGGCCAAUUUUAGUCUGCCCCAAUGAGGGUUUUACCAUUGUUGUCACCUGUUAAACGGCCAUCAAGCUCUUAAGUUUGGCUAUAUUUCAAGAAUAUGAUAAAGGAAAAUACAGUCUGAGAUAGAAAGUGACGACCAAUUGUGGACCAAAAAUGUUGCUCCCAUCGGGUGUUUGUUUCAAAAUAAAGUGAUGUUUCUGCUAAAGAUUGUGCUCAUUUUAUGCUAAUUUUUGACAAACCGCCAUUGAGCGGCCAACCUCUAUGAAGCUGCCACUUGCCGGUAACCCAACGGUGGCCGCUUAAUGGAGGUUUAACUGUUCUGAAACAGGCUCUUAAUGAAUAUAUUUUUUUGUAGGCAAUGGAACUUUUGGUGGAGAAGGCUCUGAGCAGUAGUCAGCAGCCCUUGGGGCCUGGUGAAGCCUUCCGCCGUGUACUAGAAUGCAUCUCUAGUGGCCUUCUUCUUGAAGGUAGACUACUCAUUUUCAGUACAUUUUGUGUGUCAUUUCGCUGAUAUGUUAGCCUUAGAAUAUGAGUGACAUUUUUAGGACCAGUGCAUAGCAUUGUAAUUUGAACAUAAACUCUCCUUCUGUGCAAUGUAAAUUGUAAGGUUUUAGGUUUUUAUGACUGCAAAUCAUUUGUAUAUGCAAGUUAAACCAGGAGACAAAAUUUUUUCAUUAAAGUUGUCUUACUUUUAGAACUGUGGUGCAUUCUUAAUGUAUCUGUUGUGAAUUAGGGCUCUCAAGAGCAAUUUAAACAAGUUUUCUUUUCAUUGUUGUUCCUUUGGCAUAUUGCUUUGUUGGGGUACCUGUGUCAAAUUACUACUCUUUGUUUUGGAACCCAACUAAUGGGUAAUCACUCUGCUUUUAACUUAUGCACAGGUGGCCCAGGAUUGUGUGAUCCUUGUGAAAAGGAGACUGUUGAUGCCUUAGGCGAGGUAACAAUGCAAGAAAGAGAAGAUCUAACUGCCUCAGCACAGGUAGACACCAGAGUUGUUAUGAUUAUUUUAUUGAGAAGGCAUAGUCCUACUCUAUAACAGACUUUUUUCCUGCUUUUAAUGCCACUUCAGCAGCCUCUGUUUAAUGUUCAAUUGUAGUAAUUCUUUUACUCCCUAAGGCAAGAUUGAAGAAAAAAACAACUUUUUUAUGUUAAAUAGUGGAGAACAGUCAGUACUAAGUGAAACUUCUGCUGAAGAGCUUUCGUUUGAAUGAUCACGCCACAGGAUUUUGUCCAGACUCACAAGUUUUGACUUAAUGUCCAUACUAUAAAAGUAGUACUGUGCAAUACUACUGCUGAAGAGGUUUCAUUUGAAUGGUCACACCACAGCAUUUCGUUCACAGACUUGUAAGUGUACCAAGAAUCACACAGUGGGUAGUCCCAAAGCCCUUGCUAGCUUGCCGUAGCAUACACUUCAUGGGCAAAGAGUAUAUGGUUAUUGAAACAACCACAGCCCACACUUAACUUUUGUUUAUUUUAUAUUGGAUGCUCUCUUUUGAGGCCUAAGUGAUGAGCAAACUCUACCUGACACAUUGUGGAGGGAAAAACUGAUUUAAUGAGCCUGAUAGGCCUCUUACAACAUCCCACAUUGUUUCGCCAAGACUUAAUUUUGGCUUUGACAUUAAUUGCUGCUCCCUUCUCUCCUACCAGCACGCCCUGCGACUUACAGCAUUCCGUCAACUGCACAAAGUUCUCGGCAUUGACCCACUCCCUCCCCCAACGAAGUUCCGACGCGGCCGUGGCCGCUUUAAAAGAAGGCGCGAAGACAGUGGUCAGGGGGAAGAAGGAGCCAAGAAGGAGAAGAAAGAGGGGGAGGGGGAGAGUGCAGGAGAAGCCAUGGAAGUAGCCUCGGGGGGUAGUGGUGAGGCAAAACCCGAAGCCUAAGCAAACGUUACUAAUAUCACAGAGGCUAAAGGAUAUAACUCUCAGAUUACGUAGAUGUUCUCAGGGUCAGGCGUUUUUUUUUUUUAACUGAUGAAUGAAUGCUCUUGAGUUAAUGCAGACAUUUUAUCGUAGUUACAGUCGUUCAUGAUACAUGCAGGUUAAGGAAGCGUCAAACUGUAAAAGAGCAAUAGUGCAUUUUACUGUCUUUGUUUGUCAUUUUGUUAGAUUUUAUGACAAGCGUAUUUGUAGUUUCAUUUGGCGUACAGAAAUAAAUCCGUUGUAGGAAAUAAAGAAGCAUGAAGAGGUCGCUCAAAGCAAUCCUUUUGUAACUGUUUAUACUUCACAUAAAUCUUUCCCUCGAGUUUAGAUUAUUAAUUAGGGACUUGUCAGAAAUUAGCAGGGGGGAGGGGGGUGGAAACAGAGGGUGGGUCACAACUUUUUGAGACUGCAGAAAAGGGUGGGGUCAUGAAAAAUGGGCCGUUAAAAGGGGGAUGGUCAUGCAAUGUGUCCGUGAUCACGUAGAGGUUCAACCACAAAAGAAAAAAGAAGUUCUUUAUUUUCUAAAACAAUCUGGGAGAAAUAGGAGAGUCGAGUGAUCAGCUGUCAGAAUCAGAGUCGGACUCUUAAUGCUGUCAUCUAAAAUGUAUGUAUAUGGCA